CAAAGGAUAUAAAGACUGGAGACCCUCCGAUGGAUUGAAAACCUAAACAAUUACAAGAUGUUUCUGAACUUCGCAACAACUAGCUUCAUCGCGACCCUUCUUUCCUUCGCCGCCUCUGUCACGGCCCAUCCCACUGCCAAUCUCAUCCGAGAGCUAAAGGACUCCCCUGGAUUGGCUGACAGCAAUCAGGGAUUCGCUGGUGCGAUCCUCAAUGAAUCCACUAAUUAUGAUCUUGUUACCUCGAACUUUGUUAUUCCGGAAUUUCGCCCGGCCAAUUUGACCGCGGAUAGCUGCACUAUUCGUAUCUUCGCAUUUGUCGGUUUCUCAAUUAAUCCCAAUGGGACUGUUCAAGUCUUUGCACAGGCACCCAUUCCCCCGGUAGUAUCCUUCAAUGCCAGGGAUAUAGCUAGGAUAACUGUAGAAGUGUCGGACAACGGAUACAACGGAACUGUUGAGAAUUUAACCACUGGCCGCGCGGCGAAAGGAUACAUGCCUUCAGUUAUACCUCCUGUCUGUACCGCGGCAUCAUGGGGUAUCGAGGGGCCCAACUCUCAGUCUUUUGUGGGCAGUAUCAAUUUCUACAACACGUUCGCUCGUCACGAUCGCAAACACGGGGGGCUGGAAGUUGGUCCGAGGGGAGCGACCAUUCGAAACAUCGUUACACCUAACGGGACAAACCUUACUUACACUAACAUCACCUCUGCCUCAGAAAUAGCCAUCUCAUAUCUCUGAGGUUAAUUAUUCUGAUUGACUGAUGGAUUCUAUUGUUGGCUUGUCUGACACUGAUGUUCCAGGAACGGAGCUUGUUAAAACUUCGUUCCCCUUCCCCUCAGUUCCCAUUCACGAG